UAACCCCUACUGGGAGUACCCUACGAGUACUCGUAUUUGCACAGCAGAUCAGACGAUCAUUCUAGUUCUACUGUUGAGGUGCGACAUAGCAACGUACGGUAUCAGUUCUCUGCGAGUUCCAUACAUGGAAGUGAUGUUAAAGUCCUGUACUGUAAUGCCGUCGAUUCAAGAAGCUCAAUUAAAAAAAUGAAAAAUAAUGUCUUGGGAAAAUGCUUGUUGAUGAUCAUUUCGUAGGCCAUUACCAAUAUACUUGUAUACAUUACAUAGAUUAUCCAAGCAUGCAGCCAUUAAAUACAUAAUCUGCGACAGCCCGUGUGCAGAUAAGGGGAUCUCUCCCGUGUAAAAUCCGAAUGUAACCCUGCUGGAGUAGGGACGAAGCGUCAUACCGCCCGCAGUCCGUUAUGCCUGAUUGAUGCCCGCUUUUGUGGGCGCGAACGGCCAAGCAGGACCUUCCCCACAGUCAUCCCGACUCAGCCAUGACGACGCCUAUUCCGCACUUCCUCUACAGGUAUUUAUUUUAACAUGGAAUACCAACAAGAACCUUGAUCACCACGAGGAACUCCAGGAAAUCUUCACGGAAUCCGGCGCCCCCCACGCUGACCUUAUCGCCGUCGGCCUGCAGGAAGUCCCGCUUAACCACUCCCAGUUGAUCAAAUCCCUGCAGAUCGUCGCCGGCCGGGGCCACAUUCUCUACGCCGCAGAGUCUUUAGGUACUAUUCUCCUAGUGAUCCUCGUUAAACGCCAUCUCCUGGCUUUCUGCAGCAGUGUUGUCCCGUCAGCCGUGCAUCUACGUUCCUGCAAUUGCAUCCGCACCAAAGGAUCACUGGCCAUCUACCUGAAGGUUUUUGAUUCGUCCUUUCUCUUCCUGACUGCCCACUUGGCGGCCGGACACUCGUGGAAGCGGCUGUUCAAGCGCACUCUGGAACUGCGGAAGAUCCACGCUGGGACGACAAUCCCGGGGGCGCCGCGCUGCACCCCGGGGCGGUGUCGGUUUGACAGUGUCGAUUUUGUAUUUUGGGCGGGGGAUUUCAAUUUCCGGCUGUCAGAGGAGCGCAAAUCCGUGGAGAAGAUCGUGCAGAAAGUGAUCCAUGCCGAGCAUGUCCGGCAGGAUGAGAUCCGCAAUUUGAUGGCCUGGGACCAGUUGUCGCGGUACAAGAUGGCGACAACACUGCGAGAUUUUCACGAGGCCCCCAUCGACUUUCUUCCGACGUACAAAUACGAUCCCCGUUCGCAUGCGUACGAUACGUCGCGCAAGCAGCGCAUCCCGUCGUACACGGACCGCAUCCUGAGCCGCAGCGGUCCCGGCGGGAUGCUGGUGUGCCGGAUGUACGGGUCGACGCGCAACGUGGUGACCUCCGACCAUAAGCCGGUGUUUGGACUGUUUGAGGCGCGGCUGGUGGUGCGGCGGGAGCAACUGCUGGAGGAUAUGCCGCUGGCCACCACCGCUUCCAUGCUCGCGCGCUUGUACAAGCGGGAGCGCCGGAAAGCGGUCAGGAAACGACCGGUGCACGGGCACAUUUCUGCCUGCGGAUGCGGACUCAUGUAAAUAACUGUGGAAAAUUGUAUUUUUGUGUACUAAAAUAUGUAUGUUAUCUUUUAUUUUAAUUAAUAAUAGCUUUUGUUGGUAUUUUUAUUUGCUUGAUUUUCGUCUUGGUUUGGCCAUGGCCCGUGCGAGAUUCAGAUUAAAGUCUGUUUUUAAUUUUAAGCACAUUUAUCUUAAGCGUCGUCAUUUUGUUUGAGAAUAUUCGAAUGACAAUGGCUCAGCGAUAAGACAUGUUUAAUAACGAUUAAAUUUUUGAUAAAGCUCUC